UUUUAUGGUACAUAAUAAGUCACUAAAGUAAUUCAUAAAAUUUUUAGAAAACUGCAAUUAAAAAGAGCAUUAAGAUAAACAUAAUUUUUGGGUAUAUAAUCUAACACAUACUAUACCACUUUUGGCUCAAAUAAACAAAAAUACUAUCUAAAAAUUUCUGUACUGAAACGUUUAAAUAACAAAUUUCGUAUCUACUUAACAAUAUACCAAGCAAUAAAUACAUACUUUCCAUGCUAAUGAGUUCUUAAAGUUAGGUUUAAUCAAAUUUUGUUUCAUUUAUAGAUUAUAAUUGGAGUCCUACUUCAAAACAAUAGAGCUAUAUAUCUAUAUCUAAUGCAAGCUUUGAAACAGAGUAGGAAGAAACAAUAAAAGAGAUUGAAGCAGAAUGUGAUACUUCCAUCCAGAAUAAACUUUCGCUGAUCCCUUCCUACAGCAACACUACAUAUAAAAAAACUAAAACUUAUAUACAAUAAGAUAGUAAAGAAACAAAGUGCAUUUCCUCCAAAAAUAUAAAUAUUAGCUCUAACAAUAAAAGAAAAUAAUCUAAACAAAAUUAAAAUAUAUAAUAGUCUGUACUUGGCUGGAAAGAACUUCCUCUGACAAUACCACAUUACUUAGAAGAAAGCUUUAACAAAAAAUAUAUGUUAUAUGGAGAUUUUUUCUUUGAUUAUACCAAUGAAGCUCUGGAUUUGGAUGAAUAAAGAUUUUUAUCUAAUAAUAGAUAUAAACCAAAUAUGAGUGUCUAAUAAAAUUUAAAAUAUGACUGCGUUUAUUUAAACAUAGGUACUUUUAAAUUUAAUUUAGGUCUUCCUAAAUAUUCAGAUCAAUUAGUCCAUAUUCUUAACUCCAAGUAAGACUAAUUUUCACAUAGUCUAGCAGAAUUACUUGUUUAAUAUAAAUACAAGGCUGAUCAAAUACAACAAUUAUUACAAAAAUUGUAUUUAUAAAGCUAAGAAAAUCCAAAUUUUUAUAUUGAGCGUGAAAAAUAUUUUGAAAAAUUUUGUGAGGAAGAAAUUGAUAAUCUCGAGAGCUAGAAUAAGAUAUACUUUUUGGCAAAGAGGAAAUUAAAUUAUAUGACUGGAAACUUAGAAUACUACUAAUAUGUAGUAAGUAAAGCAGUGAUAUGCUUACUGGGUAUGGAUGUUCCCAAUUUCGUUUCAAUGACAAUGAGAUAAGGCAGAGCUAAUGUAUUUGACUCUUUUUCAAACUUAUUUUUAAUGUAUAGCUAAUUUUAAUACUGCAUACAUGGAAGAGCGAACCAUUUUAGUGAUUAAAUAAACUUAGUAACAGUAGAUGGUUCAUUACUACCUGUAAAAAUCAGUUUUAAAAUAAUUAAUUUCUAAGAAAAAUAUCCUGAACAAUACAGAAAUGUAGAAGGAUAUGACCUAUUGAAUGUAUUGGGGGUGAUCGAAAUAGAUGUAGACCCUGCUAGAAUUUAACAGAUUUUAUAUAUGAGGGAACAAUAAAAAUCUAAAAUUGAAAAUAACAUAACCAAUUUAGUUUAAAACCCGUGUUAUAACGAAGAAAGUCACAAAUUCCUCUUAAAAUAUUACUUAUACAAUUACUCUAAUCAAAUUACCUAUAAACAAUUCCUAAAAAAAAGAAAUAAAUGAUCUUAAAAAAUACUUAAUUAAUUAGCUUUUAAUGAUUAAAUUUCUUCUUAUUAUAUUAAAGAAUCUAAGUUGAUAUAUAUUACCAAUUAAUCAUAUAUACAAAUAAACAAACAAACAUUAUAAUAACUAUUUAUAAAAUUUAGAUAAAAAAUUUAUUCAAAUUAUAUUUUUACCCAGUUUAAUUGAUCGAAUUCUUCUUUUCUAUGUUUCUUUAUUUCUUCGCAUGUCUUUUUUUUGAGAU